AUGGCCAAUUUCUCUGCGAUUAUCUUUUUGUUGAUUUUCGUGGCCGCUCUGGUCAUCUCCGUUGAUGCAGGCGGCGAUCAUGGGGUCAGCUGGGUUCCAGUGAGACCUCGCUGCGAGGGUUCUGUAGCAGAGUGCAUGGAUGAUCGUGAUGAUGAGUUUGGCAUGGACUCGGAGAUUAGCAGGCGCAUCUUGGCCACCUCGCGAAACAUAAGCUAUGAAGCUAUGCAGAGAAACACUGUGCCUUGCUCUCAGAGAGGUGCUUCCUCCAACAACUGCAAGCCGGGUGGUCAGAGUCAGAGCAACCCCUACAAUCGUGGAUGCAGUGCUGAUGCUCGUUGCCGAAGUUGA